CGCUGAGGGCGGCCGCGGCGGGGCCGGGCGAGGGCCGGGGCCGGGGCCGGGAGCGGGACCGGGAUCGGGGCCGGGACCGGGACCGGGUUCGGGAUCAGGGCAGGGAUCGGGAACAGGAUCGGGAACAGGAUCGGGAACAGGAUCGGGGCCGGGCGAGACCACAGUGCUGUGGUGCCUGGUGCUAGCUGCUGGAGGCUUGCCCUUCACCAGGAGAGAGGGAUUUCAUUCUGUCAGUUCCUGCCUUCCUCUCCUUCCCUGCUUCAGACCCUCUCUGCUUUGGCACGGGCUGCUAAGGAGCUCAGAGCUCUCCCUGCUUCGCUGACCACAGCAGCUGGAAGCUGCUUCCUGCCCGGUGGUAUGAGUGAGGCUUAAACCAUCUGUCCUUUGAUCCUGCCAGCAACAGCAAAUCUUUGCAGUUCAGCAGCACGAGUGGUACACGGGUGUUGGAAAGCCCAACUGAGAAUGGAAAUGAUCCGGGCAAGAAGAGGAAGAGAACAAACAUUCCUCCAGAUAGUGGCAGAAAUCUAAGCCUAGACUCCAUUCCGAUGGGUUUGCCAAUGUCAGACCCAACUGCCUGGGCCACUGCGAUGAACAAUCUAGGGAUGGCUCCCAUGGGAAUGACAGGACAGCCCCUCCUGCCUGAUUUUGAUCCUGCUCUUGGGAUGAUGACUGGAAUCCCUCCAAUCAACCCCAUGAUGCCAGGCUUAGGGAUAGUCCCUCCUCCCAUUCCUCCAGAUAUGCCUGCUGUGAAGGAGAUCAUUCACUGCAAAAGCUGCACUCUCUUCCCACCUAACCCACAUCUCCCCCCUCCAGCAACAAGAGAGAGGCCCCCAGGCUGUAAGACCGUGUUUGUUGGGGGACUGCCAGAAAAUGGGACUGAGCAGAUCAUUAUGGAAGUGUUUGAACAGUGUGGAGAAGUCAUAGCUAUUCGGAAGAGUAAGAAGAAUUUCUGUCAUAUCCGCUUUGCUGAGGAAUUCAUGGUGGACAAAGCACUUUAUCUUUCUGGCUAUCGCAUCAGGCUGGGCUCCAGCACUGACAAGAAGGACACUGGACGCCUGCAUGUGGAUUUUGCACAGGCUCGGGAUGACCUGUAUGAGUGGGAAUGUAAGCAGCGGAUGCUGGCAAGAGAGGAGCGCCAUCGUAGGAGGCUGGAAGAGGAACGCUUCCGCCCGCCCUCCCCACCUCCUGUCGUCCAUUACUCUGACCACGAGUGCAGCAUCAUUGCUGAGAAACUAAAAGAUGACGCAAAGUUCUCAGAAGCUGUACAGACCUUGCUAACCUGGAUAGAGCGUGGAGAAGUGAACAGAAGGACUGCGAACAACUUCUACUCUAUGAUUCAGUCGGCCAACAGCCACAUUCGCAGACUGGUAAAUGAGAAGGCAGCUCAUGAGAAGGAGAUGGAAGAAGCUAAAGAGAAAUUCAAACUUGCUCUCUCAGGGAUUCUGGUUCAGUUCGAGCAGAUAGUGGCCGUGUACCAUUCUGCCUCCAAACAAAAGGCUUGGGACCAUUUCACGAAAGCUCAGCGUAAGAACAUCAGCGUGUGGUGCAAACAAGCAGAGGUUGGUAAUUUUCUAUUGUGUUAGAUUCUGCAGCCAGUCUCUUUCAUGUCAGGAUAUUGAUUUUAUGUUUGCACAAUGCUCACAUGGGUAAUGACGUCUUAAUUCACAGUGUAAGAUGGGAAUUACUCAGUCGUCUCUUGUGUUGCAGGUAAUAAAUUUGCUCAUUGUACUUCUGAUAGUAGAAGCAAUAUAUUGAUCUGUAUGCCAAUUGAAGUUGUGAAAAUAAUAAUAAAUAUAGAUCUGUUUUCUACUGUUUUUAAUAUUAAAGCAACAAGUAUUUCUAGAGAGAUAUUAAAGAAAAC